CUUGUUGAUCCUAGCAUGUGUAUGUGUGUGCGCUACAUCACAGCAGGCCACAACAACCUCUGAAGCAGUGACAGCCACUGACUGCCUGCACAGAUGCACAGGAUUAGCCAUCCUUUAACUUGACGAUCAAGUGGGCUUUGAUAUUGUUGCAGAACUACUGAGCACCGAUUCCAUGCCAGCAGUAAAGAUGUCAUGGCGGCCGACGUACAGAAGCUCAAAGUUCCGAAAUGUGUAUGGUAAAGCCAGCAGUCGAGAGGAGUGUUAUGAAGGUGUUCCCAUCACCAGGAAUGUUCAUGAUAACCACUUCUGUGCUGUCAACCCAAAGUUCCUUGCUGUAGUCACAGAGAGUUCAGGAGGAGGAUCUUUUGUGGUUAUACCAAUUUACAAGACAGGUCGAGUAGACCCACAUCACCCAAAGGUAUGUGGUCACCAGGGCAGCGUGUUGGACAUCAAAUGGAAUCCUUUCAGGGACAAUAUCAUUGCUUCCUGCUCAGAAGACUGCACUGUGAGGAUCUGGGAGAUUCCUGAUGGUGGCUUGAGGCGCAACAUGACAGAGGCUCUGCUGGUUUUGGCUGGCCACAGCAGGAAGGUGGGGCUUAUAGAGUGGCACCCCACAUGCAGUGGAAUUCUCUUCAGUGCUGGAUAUGACGGCAAGAUCCUUCUAUGGAACUUGGAGGAGGGUAAGGCGGUGAGGAUGUUUGACAGCCAUUCGGAUGUGAUCCUCUGCAUGUCCUUCAACACAGAUGGAAGCCUGCUGGCAACCAGCUGUAAAGACAAAAAGCUGCGAAUUAUGGAUGCCCGCUCAGGAAGGGUGCUACAGGAAGCAGACUGUAAGCGGCACAGAGUCGGCAGGGUGGUGUUUCUAGGCAACAUGAAACGUGUGCUCACAACUGGAGUGUCUCAGUGGAACACCAGGCAGGUAGCACUGUGGGAUCAGGAAGACCUCUCUGUGCCAAUCAGUGAGGAAGAGAUAGAUGGACUGUCUGGACUUCUCUUCCCUUUUUAUGAUGUGGACACACACAUGCUGUACCUGGCAGGCAAGGGAGAUGGGAAUAUCAGAUAUUAUGAGGUCAGUCCAGAUAAGCCGUACCUGCAGUAUCUAAUGGAGUUCAGCUCACCUGCUCCACAAAAAGGACUAGGUGUGAUGCCAAAGCGGGGAAUGGACGUGGGAGAGUGUGAAGUGUUUCGUUUCUAUAAGCUGGUGACAAUGAAAGGUCAAGUGGAGCCCGUCUCAAUGAUAGUGCCACGCAGAGCAGAGAAAUUCCAAGACGAUAUCUACCCAAUGACUGCAGGUACAGAGCCAGCGCUGACUGCUGAAGAGUGGCUCAGUGGGAUCAACAGAGGACCAAUCCUGAUAUCUCUUAAGGAGAACUAUAAGCGGCCAAACCCAGCUGGCCCUAAAGCUAAGAGAGAAAGAAGAGCAUUGGCAAUGAAAGGACUCGACCUGCUAGAGAAUGUCUCUCCCAAGACAGAUAAUGAGUUCCUGAGGAUGUUCUACAGGCAGCAAGAUGAACUUAAACGACUACAGAAGGAGCUCAGUGAUAAGGAUGAGAGAAUAAGACAACUGGAACUAGAACUCCACAAUCUGAAGAAUGUGACUCAUUAAACUCAUUUCACACAUGAUGUACACUAAUGAUGUCCUAAUAAAACGAUCCACAUUAACUGCAAGAGCUGCAGUUUGCAACACUUGAAAGCUGGACAUUUCCUUAAUCUCAUCUUAAUUAGUAACUCUACAGAGGAUCACUAGGACUGAAGGAUAUCUAGGUGGCUUUUAAUGGCCGCAGGUCUGUUGCAGAUAUCUAUAUGAGGUCUAACAAUGAUUCUGUACCUUGCAUGUUGAUCCCAAACUGGAAAUGCCAAAUUCUUAGGUUUUGUUUUAUUAAAAAAAUGGCCUUUCAUACUUCUGCAGUAUUUACUCUCAGUAUAAACAUGAAGGCAUGAAGGCAGCUGACAAAGUAUUUCUCUGCUUCUGUUUAUGCAGAGACUGCUUGGUAUGAAGCAGAAGCAGCACUUGAGCCUUUAAGGCCUCAGUCAGGACUGAAACAGUGAAAUGGCCUCAGCACAUCUUGGUCCACCAACAGAUGGCAGUGAGGUCACACUGCUUUUACAACAUUGUCCAUGUCCAAACUAUAAAGCACUAUGAUGAUUUAUUUCAAAACAAUAAAACAUACAUGUUUGUAUAAAUUAAUAUCAUUUUACAACAAUAGAUCUCAUUUCCAACUGACAGUAAGUUCAAGUGUGAAGUAAAUCCUCUCCUAACAUUAUGCCAGUCACAGUACAGCACAUUAAAAGGGUGGGAAACAGUUUACAUAGAGCCUGCUGUAUAUAUUAUUGAUAUAACCAUGCCAUAAACAUGUUAUGAAAGAUAUCAUAUGCUGUCUUGAGCUUUGACAUGUCCAUUAAUAUAAUGUUACCAUUACCAGUAAUUGUAGGUCUGAUGUUAUAACAGCUAACAGCUGUUCACUUUUGAAAUUAGUAUGUAUCAUAAACUGUCGUGAUAAGCAUUAUGGCAUCUGUCAUGAUAAUUACCAGUAAUGGUGACAUGAUGCUGUUAUAUUGCUGAACAAAAUCUGCCAUGUCAGCUCAUGACAUUUUAUGGCAUGAUUAUGUCAAUGUUAUGUAGCACUGCAAUUAAUGCUUUUUAUUCAGUUUGUUUGAAGGUGAUUUAGUUUUAUUUCAAUCAUAGAUAUUAAUUAAAUGUUAUAAACCCAAAAAACUGCAUUUGUAUCUGGACUGUGGUGGAACUGGUUGAAAUCAGGCCAUAACGGCAAACUUCCAAAAGGAUUCCAAGUUGUUAUUGCCAUGCCUGAUUCCUAAGUAACAUCUAAGUAACUGUUCAAAUUCUUUUCUUUUGGUGUUCAAGUUCUUUGCUUUUCUUUCACAGACAGCUCUUACGUCUACAUGCUGGUUUCAGUAUCCUGGCUCCACAGACAGAAGGCCAGAGGCUGUGGUGAUGAAUUGCAGGCUUGAUAUAAUUUUUGUGGCAAAGUAAAAAGAUAACUUAUUACUAUUAACCUCUAUACUGUAUCAGUUACCUAUUUAUUUGCUGGAAUAUUAUGUUCACUGAUGUUCAAAUGCUCAAAAUAGUGGGUGUGAAGAAAAGAAUGUUCUAUUAUUCUAAAAACACUAAAAAGGUUAGGUUGUUCUACAAUAUAAGCCACAUGGACUUCACUAUCACUGGGUACAAGUGACUUGUUUGUGAAUUUGUUUAUGAUCUGGUCUUGGAGGAACACCAUCAGUGUACAUUUUUCAAGUCGAAUCUGCAAAUUUGGAUAAUAAAUUUGUUCUGAAAACUG